AUCUCUUUUAAGACUUAUUUUACAGUUUUUGAAAAUGAUUUUGCUGCAUAUCUGUUGUUCGUUUGUUUCCGGAAGUUUAUGAGGAACACGAAACUCUCCGCGUGCGUUUAACUCGUCAGCUUUAGCUUGUUUGCUAUCGUAUGUUUUGCUAGCUACUGACUCGGUCUUGUAGCAUCUGUUGUCACUAUGAGUAAACAUGAGGACUCAUGGGAUAGGUUGGACACUGAGUUUGACCACUUUCUUCUUGACAUGAAGCCAUAUGUCCUCAAACACCCCAACAAGACAGAGCGCCAACGGUGUGCCACAUGGAUCAAGAAGUUGUGUGACCCGGCUACAUAUGGUUCAGGUCUGAUAGGCCGUAAGAACCGCAAUAUGUAUGCCCGGUUACUGCUUAACAUGCUCAAAAGAGGGGUCCUGGAGCUGCCUUUCACAAGUAAACCAGAACCUGGGGCCCUAAAGACGCUCCCUAAUUAUAUGUUCAUCUACUACGAUGACCCACUGACUGGUCGGGCUGAACAACACAGCAGUUCAGGACUGCCUGAGUGGGUGACAGGAGAGCUGGGUGGCUGUACUGAUGAUCCUUUGGCUGUCAGCCACCUAAAGGACAGAACUAGUUCCACACCUAUUGCAGCUCAUCACAGGAGAAGGCUGUAUGAUGAAAAGACUUCAUCAGGACCCACGUCCUCCAGUCCGCUCAAACAAUCACCAAGACAUGAUGCCAGGAUGGUGGAUGGGGGGCUGAAGGCAGAUAUGUCUCUCGAUGACAGUGACCUGGAGGCUCGUCUCAACAGCUGGAACCUUGGGAUUGAAAACCCCAGGUAUUUGAGAGAGAAGCCCAUUCCCUUGUCUCCAAUUUUCAAGUCAAGUUUAGGGAGGAACAACACCUCGGCAGAGGAUCAAGGCCCACAGCUAGCUCAAAGCAAAGAGAUUGAAAUGAAAAUGAAGGUUCUGGAGGCCAAGCACCAAGAGGAGAAAUUAAAGAUGCAGCAGAGACACGAUGCAGAUGUUGAGAAAAUUCUUGAUCGAAAGAAUGGUGAGAUUGAGGAGAUGAAGAGCAUGUAUCGGGUCAAGCAGAGGGAAUCGGAGGAGCUGAUCCGUAAGCUGGAGAAGAAAGUUCAAAGUGUGCUGCGGGAAUCCCAGGUCAUCUGUGAGAGCAAAGAGAAGCAGAUUGCAGAGCUGAAGAAGAUGUCGGAUCAGAGUGCCGACUCCCUGAAAAACGAGUGGGAGAAGAAGCUGCAUGCUGCUGUGACAGAGAUGGAGCAGGAGAAAUUUGAAUUGCAGAAGAAACACACUGAGAGCAUCCAGGAGCUGCUAGAGGACACCAACCACAGGCUGGCUAAGAUGGAGGCUGAGCAUAACGCUCGAUCUCAGGCAACUGAACAAACAGUGGGGGAGUUGGAGCAGAGGGUGAAACAGCAGUCACAGGAGGUGGAGAAGGGCAACGUGCUGCGUCAGAAGGUGACACAGGAGAAGGCCAAGUUGGAGAUCCACAUCGCGUCCAUCAGUGCUGAACUGCAGGAGGCCACCAGAAGAGUUAUGAUUCUGCAGAAGGAGAAGGAGCAGCAAAGUGAGCAGCAUGAACAGGCUGUGCAGAAACUUCAAGCCAAACAUGAGACUGACAUGAGCCACUUACAUCAGGAGCAUGCACUAUCUGUUGCUAAGGCCUCUGAGGUGAUGGAGGACAUGGAGAAGACUGUAGCUUAUCUUAAGCAGCAGCUCCUGGAGAGUGAGCACCGGAAGAACCAACAAAUCAGGGAUCAAGGGAUAAAAUUUCAGCAGGAAAAAGAUGAAUUGCAGAUCAACUGUGAGAAAAAGGUAUUGGCUAUCCAGAGUGAAGCAGAGAAAGAGAGAACAGAGGCCAGGAGGAAGAUAGCUAAACUGGAAGAUGCACUCAGGGAGAUGGAGAGCCAGCUGGACCGAGCCAGGGAGAGCCAAAGGCAGCAGAUCCAGCAGGCUGAUAUGGCAUUGGAGCAGUUCAAGAAACAGAUGGAGAAAGUGGAGGAGGACCUGAACUGCUCCAAAUCUCUGCGGGAGAGUCAGGCUAAAGAGUUCUCGCAGCAGUUCGUUGCACUGAGACAGAAAUAUGAGCAACAGAUGGCUGAGCAGCGCAUGCAGCACGAGCAGGAGAGGACGCGGCUACAGCAGCAGCACAGCGCGGAAAAGGACAGCCUGGUCCAGGAGCGCCAGCGGGAGGUGAGCAGCCUGGAGAGGCAGGCCAGGGCCGCCCUGCAACAGCACCAACAGCACACCCAGGAGUGGAGGAAGCGCGAUGCCCAGAUGGUCUCAGAUUUGGAAUCCCAGUUGUCAGGUUUGCAUGAUGAACUUCAGGAAGCCCAUGCCCAGCAUAAGGAACAGUUGGCUGAGUUGGCAUUACUGCGAGAGGAGGAAAAACAGAAAGCAUUUCUGGACAAAGAGGCAUCCUUGGACCGGCUCCGCUCUGACAUGGAGCGCAUCUGCACUGACCUUCAAACAAGCCACCAGCAGGAGAGGGACGCUGCACAAGAGAAGACCAAUGCCAGGCUGAAGCAGAUUGAGAAGGAGUACACUCAGAAGCUCGCAAAGUCUGCCCAGUUAAUCGCAGAGCUGCAGACCUCAGUUUGUGACUCAAAGGAGGAGGCCAUUCGUCUGCAGCGGGCGAUGGAGAAGCAGCUGGAGGAGACCAACGCCCGAUGGGAUGAGGAGAGAAGGACACUAACCCACCAAGCUGAUCAGGCCAGCAAGGCUCUGCAGGGAAAGGUGGAAAGUCUACAGAAGCAGCUGCACUGCUCAGAGAAGAAGCUACUUAACAAAGAGCUGGAGACGGAAGAGAAGGUUACCGCAGCGUGCCAGGAAUACGAGCAGAAGAUCAAAGGUUUGAUGCCGGCGGAGCUCAGACAAGAACUGGAGGACACCAUCACCUCUCUGAAAGCUCAGGUAAACUUCCUCCAGAAGAGAGCCUCUCUGCUUCAGGAAGAACUGGAUGCCUGUCGCAGCAGGAGGUAACCCUGGGAAUUUCAGCUUCACGUAAAGCCAGAGCAUGAAGAAGAAGACAUCCAAUCAGAAGUGAGCAUUACUGACUGUUAUAAUUAUUUAACCCACCACUGAGUCAUCUUUUGAUUCCAUGUGUUAUUGUCCCUCAUGGUUUUAUGAAUUAUUUAUUUAUUAUUAUUUUUUAUUCUUUUUGUUGCGUUUGGAAAAAAGUUUACAUUUUUAUACCAACACCCUGUUACAUUGUUCUUCUUACAUAUUUUUUCAUCUUUAACUUGAUGUUGGCUGUUUGGUGGACUUUUGCUAUCGAUUGUCAAACCCAUCAUUAAAUAAAAAACUUUGCAUUAUU